AUGAGUAAGUCAUCUAUACCAGGCACAAAACAAAUUCAAUAUGAUCGUCAACUUCGUCUAUGGGGUGAUCAUGGUCAAAAAGCAUUAGAAUCUGGUCGUGUCUGUUUAAUCGGUGCUAAUGCAUUGGGUACAGAAAUUCUUAAAUCUCUUGUUUUACCCGGUCUUGGUUCAUUUACCAUUAUCGAUCAUCAACUAGUCACAAUAGAUGAUUGUGGUUCGAAUUUUUUUGUGCAUCCAUCAAUGAUUGAUCAAUCACGUGCUCGUGUUACUUGCGAAUUGUUAACACAAUUAAAUCCUGAUGUACAUGGCAUUUAUAUCGAUAAACCAUCUAUUGAUGAUUUACUUCAACAAAAUACAUUUGAUUUUAGUCAAUUUAAUGUUGUUAUUACAGCUAAUCUCUCAAUAAAUACAUUAAAUAUUCUUGCUCAUCAUUUAUGGAUACUAAAAAUCCCCUUACUUGUUGCUCGUACUUAUGGUUUUAUCGGUACUAUUCGUCUUCAAGUAUUUGAACAUUAUGUUAUUGAAGUACAUCCUGAUGAUACAAUACCGGAUCUUCGUCUUGAUCGACCAUUAAUCACAUUUGCUAAUUAUUGCAAUUCAAUCGAUUUUAAAUCUUUAACACGCGAAGAACAUUUACACUUACCAUCAAUUAUUAUACUAUUCAAAACAUUACAACUGUGGCAAGAACAAUAUAAUAGUAAGAGCUUACCCCAAACACGUUCAGAAAAAGAUGAAUUUAGAAAAAUUCUCGAUCAACUAUUGCAUCAUUCAGCAUACGAUAUUCAUGAUAAAGAAAAAUUACUUGAAAAUUUUGAAGAAGCUAAACGAACAAUACCAUCACGUCUUGUUAAAACAAAUCUUCCGUCGACAAUAAAAGAUUUAUUUCAUGAUCGAUCCUGUUUUGAAUUAUCAGAUCAAACAAACAUAUUUUGGUUUGUCAUUCAUGCAAUUAAAUUAUUUACUGAAAACGAAGGACAAGGCUUAUUACCUGUUCGCGGUGAAGUACCAGAUAUGAUUACAAACACAAAUUCAUAUAUUAAAAUUCUUAAGAUUUAUCAAGAACAAGCAACGAAAGAUUGUGAAAUUGUCAAUAAAUAUUUUUUUGAUUUAUUACAAAAGUAUAAUCGUUUGCCGGAUGAAUGUAUUAUUGCAUGUGAUCUUGUUGAAACCUACUGUAAGAAUGCAGCAUUUCUAAGAGUACUACGAACAACAGCAAUAAACAGUGAAAAUUAUUUAAUCGAUGAAACUGAAUCAAAUCUUUCUUGGUAUACAUGCUUACAUCUAUGUGAUUUAUUUUAUGAAAAAUUUCGUCGUUAUCCUGGUGAAUUUCUUUCUGAUGAAACACAAUUCGAAACAGAUCUAAUUGAUUUACAACAAAUCAAUAGAAAAUCAGUCUCUGGUAAAGAUUUAGCGAGUGAUAAUAAGCAACAAAUUUUAGAAGAAUUGUGUCGAUACGGAGCAUCAGAACUCCAUUCAAUUGCUGCCUUUAUUGGUGGAUGUUGUGCACAAGAAGCAAUUAAAUUAAUCACACAUCAAUAUGUUCCUAUCGACAAUACGCUUAUUUAUAAUGGUAUUGAACAAUCAAUAAAUGUAUUCAAGCUUUAA